AUGAGUGGCAUGGUGUGGACAUACGUGCCCCCAUGCCCAUCAGCAAGGUCAACUAAAAAAAGGCUGAAGUUGGAGCCAAACGUGAAGUUCCUGGAGCUCUUCCUGCUGCUGUUUAGGCUGGCGGGGAGACCUAGGGGGUGCAACCAGCACCUGGCUAUUAUGAAGGAGCGAGACAUUCCCAUCACCGAGACCACAUUUUCCUCUCUCAUUGUGGCUCACGGAGUCAAUAAGGAUCCACAGGGUAUUCAGUCUGUCUUGGACACAAUGAGGAGUGUGCAGAUGUCACCCACCAGGAUCACAUAUGAAGCACUCAUGACAGCCUUUGCCGUUUCUGGCUUGAUCCCGGAGGUGAAGCGCGUGGCGAGACAGAUAAAACAGGAAAAAAUCAGCCUGUCUCAGAGCCAGCUAUCAUCUGUACUUCUUAGCCUUAUCAAGAGUGGCCAAGCUGGGACGGAUUUUGAAAAUGUGGAUUAUAUUGUAGGAAUGAUGGAGGAAGCUGCCGGCAAGAUGGAUCUGUCAAGACUUAUGCUGCAGUGCAUCCAUUCUGGUUAUGUGAGGGAAGCUGUUCAUCUCUUGCCGAAGCAGCCUCUGAUACGGCAGAACAACCACUUGUAUACUAAUGCAAUGGUUUAUCUGCGGGAAAUGGUUCAUGCCAAAGUUGAAGUGACUGAAGUUAUGAACCAGACUUACUGGUGGAAAAUGUGUAAUGAUGUUCGUCAGCAAGAAAUCAACCAGUACUCCUUAGAAGUCGCCCUGGAAUGCGCUCUGGCGGAACACCGAGAGGAACUGGCCUGGGCGCUGAUCCGAGCUCUUAAGGCAGCAGGGAAUCCCGUGAGACAGCAUUACUUCUGGCCUCUCCUUCAUUACAGUGCUCUUACUAACAAUUCUUCAAAGUUGCUCGGGUGUGUUAAGGAAAUGGUGAAGUUGGACAUAACACCAGACUUGGAAACUCUCCGUGAUCAUGUGAUACCAGGCCUCAUCAUUAAUCACCCUCUGUUAACGCUAGAAAUGCUUCAGGGUGCUGGCUUAACCAUCUCUCAGGCGGCCACACCUAUACUUGUUGUCCUCAUUCAGAAUAAGAUGCUGGACCAGUGUUUUGAGUUUGUGAGAGAAAUGAAGCCAUUAUCUCUGCGAGAAAUCAUUUCCCCGCUGGCGUCAGUUUGGGCAGCCAGUCCUCAAAGGGUUAUAUCUCUUUUGGGCAUCCUUAUGGAAAUGAAUAGAUCUACUCUUAAUGAGGGAGAGCUGGAGCCAGAUUGGGGAGGGCAGUUCGUCCUAGACUUGUUGAAUUCAAGAGCUGGACUUAGUGUCCAUCAGAUUCGUCCUCUAUUUGAGGAAUUACACAAGCGCAACGUCAGGGUCUCCGAGAGCGCAGUGGAUAUCCUGAUGACCAGGGCCAGCAAGGUGAUCCAGCAAGCCAUUCGAGACAACCUCAGACUCGUCUUCGAUCCCUCCGUCGGGCAGCCGCUGAAGGAAGAGGAGUACAAUCUCCUUCCACAUCCUAACAAAAUGAAUGUAGAGGAACUGGAGUGUCAUCUUGUGGAACUGCGUGCCAAAGGCCUGAAUACAAGGGGAACUUUGCGAAGACUGCUCAUCAUGCAUGCAUCGAGCAACAAUACUCAACGUGUUCUUGCACUUAUUAAGGAAGCAGAAGUAGGUGAAGUCAGUCUCAGUGGUGGUAUGAUGUCACGUAUCAUGACUACCUUGACUGAGAGCAGCAGUGCAGACAGGCUUUGGCUGUGUAUAAUGAACUGCAAACGAAGUACCCCUCAUUUAAUGUGGACUCUUAUAAGAUGCCGUAAUAUCCUGAAAAGAUAUUUAGAAGAGUAUUCCAAACCGCAUGCUUAA